CCCCGCUUAAGUUUAAAUUUAAGUUUCUCCAGUUGGAACAGACAGGGAAGUUCAUCUUGUUGGUCUUUACGUGGAGGGCUUGGUUUAUUUCUGGUAUUUCUCAACAAGGCUGGUCCUAGGCAGUUGGACCAGAUGAAAAUGCGUUUAAGGGGAUCACAGAGGGAUCUGAUUUAAGCUUCUGAGCUGGUGUGAAAUCUUUGUUCUGUAGUGAUGAGAGAUGAGUUGAGGAAAAGGAGCCUUUCCCCACUCAGCAGCGGGUGGUUGUCUUAGAUAGACUUCAGUGCACAACUCUAAUUCCUGACAAUUUUCAGGACAGCUUUUGGCCAUUUCUUAGAAGAACAAUACCCUCCCAUUUGGUAAUGAUUUGGUUUUUGCUUUCAACGUGCUUUUUCACUCUUGGUGGCUUGAGUGUAGCUUUGGUACUGUUAACAGUUCACCCAGAACAAAAACUCUGACUUUUUUGCUAUAACUGAGUUCUAACUUAAAACUUUUCAUUCAUUUCUGAUCGCAGCUUUGAAUCCUCUCAUCAUCUUCAACAGUACCAAGUUAGAGCUUCAAAUCGCUGUGUGUAAUUGUCAAAGUCUCAGGAUUUUGCUGAGUUUACAUGUCACAUUCCCCUGCAGUGUCUUGGAGCGUGAACUUUUACCAAAAUGUCUUUCUUUGCUUUUGUACAGUCCCUAACACAAGAGCAGUCUAAUCUUUGUGUUCAGUUUUCUGUUACUAUUGUACUUACUUAUCUCUUCAUCUUUUACUUACUUCUUUUUGAAGAAUUUGUCUCUUUUUCCUCCUUCCCACUGUUGAAUGUGGAAUUACUUUAUGUAGAUCUCAUUUGCUUAUCAUACUUCUUUAACUUAUGACCUGUAGAUAGGAGGCUUAUGGAGUAUCUUUCCUUUUUGCUAGCAGCUACUUUAAAGUCUGAAGUCCUCCUCAAACAAGUUUUGCCAGCUGUUACAAAUCACUCAUUUGACCUCAUCCCUAUUUCAGAUGUUCUUUCAAGGCAGCUGUGUUUGAUCUUCUUGCCCAGCAUUCCAGUCUUAUGAGGAAUAGGUGGGACUGCUCAUAAGAGGCCUGACAACACAGACCCUUUUUACUCUCUGAAGACAGGUGCUGUUCUUUGGAUUUGGGUGGCUUUUCUUCAUGCGAAAGCUCUUCAAGGAUUAUGAGGUGCGACAGUAUGUGGUGCAGGUGAUCUUCUCUGUGACUUUUGCCUUCUCUUGUACCAUGUUUGAGCUCAUCAUCUUUGAGAUUUUGGGAGUGCUGAACAGCAGCUCUCGAUAUUUUCAUUGGAAGCUGAACCUGUGUGUCAUUUUGCUCAUCCUGGUCUUUAUGGUGCCCUUCUACAUUGGUUACUUUGUUGUGAGCAAUAUCAGAUUAUUGCACAGACAGAAACUACUUUUUGCGUGUGUUGUGUGGUUGACAUUCAUGUAUUUCUUCUGGAAGUUGGGGGAUCCAUUUCCUAUCCUCAGCCCAAAACAUGGAAUCCUGUCUAUAGAACAGCUCAUCAGCCGUGUUGGUGUGAUUGGGGUGACACUCAUGGCUUUGCUGUCAGGAUUUGGGGCUGUCAACUGUCCAUACACUUACAUGUCCUACUUUCUCAGGAAUGUAACAGAUGCAGAUAUUCUGGCAUUGGAGAGACGACUCCUUCAGACUAUGGACAUGAUUGUUAGCAAGAAAAAAAGGAUAGCAGUGGCUCACAGGACAAUGUUCCAGAGAGGAGAAGUGCAUAACAGACCCACUGGCUUCUGGGGAAUGAUAAAAAGUGUUACAACAUCUGUUCCUGGCAGUGAAAAUCUGUCCCUUAUCCAGCAAGAAGUGGAUGCCCUGGAAGAAUUGAGUCGGCAGCUUUUCCUGGAAACUGCUGACUUGCAUGCAACAAAGGAAAGAAUAGAGUAUUCCAAAACUUUCCAGGGAAAAUACUUUAACUUUUUGGGUUAUUUUUUCUCCAUCUAUUGUGUCUGGAAAAUCUUCAUGGCAACCAUCAAUAUUGUAUUUGACCGUGUAGGGAAGACUGAUCCAGUCACAAGAGGAAUUGAGAUCACUGUAAAUUACCUAGGAAUCCAGUUUGAUGUCAAAUUCUGGUCUCAGCAUAUUUCCUUUAUUCUUGUUGGAAUAAUCAUUGUUACCUCUAUCAGAGGGUUGUUAAUCACACUUACAAAGUUCUUCUAUGCCAUUUCCAGCAGCAAGUCCUCCAAUGUUAUUGUUCUGCUGCUAGCACAGAUAAUGGGGAUGUACUUUGUGUCAUCAGUGCUCCUGAUCCGAAUGAGCAUGCCUCCAGAAUACCGCACCAUUAUUACAGAAGUCCUGGGAGAGCUCCAGUUCAACUUCUAUCACCGUUGGUUUGAUGUGAUAUUCCUAGUUAGUGCCCUGUCCAGUAUCCUCUUUCUCUAUUUAGCACACAAACAAGCCCCAGAAAAGCAUAUGGCCCUCUGAGGCAGAACUGCAGCCAUGCACUGCUCUCUGUCCUGUCAGCUGCACUGCUGCAGCUCCUGUGGGUGGGUUGCAGAACUUGGAGAGACAGGACUGCUCUGUGUGUUCUGGCAGUGUAACUGCAAAACUUGGAGAGACAGGACUGCUCUGUGUGUUCUGGCUCCUUGAACCUCCACACGUGUCAUCAUCAAGCUCUGUGGCUCAUUUUGUUCAGCGCCACAGCUGGAAGAGACGGGGGUGUGUGUAUUAAACUUGAAACAGUUCGUUGCCAAGCAAUCAAAGCAAUCCUGGAUACACCACUAUCCAGGGGCAUCAGAACUUGUGUGGUAGGCUGGCUGAGGGAACACCUCCUACUGUUGGAACAACAUCAUCACAGAAGGCACCAAGAAAUGUGAUUUUUCUUUUGAAAAUCAACUUAUAAUUGGGAUUUGGAGGAUAGCAAUUCUGGAAUUGAAUGUUUGAGUCUGUGGAAUUAAAUAAGCUUUUGUAAUA